ACGCAAACGUAAUUCCAAUUAUCUCCUCGUCCUUUUCUCUUCUUCACAGUUCACACAUGCCGUUGCCUGUUUCCAGACAAGCACAUACCUACCGACGUUUCCGCCUGGCGCCAGUAAAGUUUUCUGAUCUCUGAUCCUUUAGCAAGAACUCAACGGUUCUGAUCCGUCCACGUAUCCGGAACAGAACCUUCCGUUUAUAUCCAUCACUUUUUGCGCUUCUUUGUCUUGGCCUCUCCCCACUUUCUUUCUUUGUCAAUACCGUACUUACCGUUCCGCAGAAACGAGUACGACGCCGUAUUCUUCUCUCUUCUUCGCGAGUCAACCGAUCCAACGCCGUAUUCGUCUCUCCGCUUGGCGAGUCAACAGAUCCGACACCAUUUUCCCCGAUCGGACCGUCUUCUCCGCAGAUCUAGAGCACCUGAAAUUUUGGAACGUGUUAACAGAUCUUGAUCAGUCGAGCUUUGGGUUUGAUUUUGAUCAACGGUCGAAAUGUCGUCGAGCACGAUCCGGAAAGCGAUUGGGGCUGUUAAGGAUCAGACCAGCAUUGGCAUAGCCAAAGUGGCGAGCAACAUGGCACCGGACCUGGAAGUGGCCAUCGUGAAGGCGACGAGUCACGACGACGACCCCGCGGAUGAGAAAUACGUUAGAGAGAUCCUGAACCUCACCUCCUACUCGCGCGGAUACGUCCACGCUUGCGUGUCUGCAGUCUCCAAACGUCUCGGGAAGACGCGCGACUGGAUCGUGGCUCUCAAGGCGCUUGUGCUCGUUCACAGGCUCUUGAACGAUGGAGAUCCUUUGCUUCAAGAGGAGAUUAUGUAUGCCACGAGGCGUGGAACCAGGCUCCUGAACAUGUCCGAUUUCAGAGAUGAGGCUCAUUCGAGUUCUUGGGACCACUCUGCAUUUGUGAGGACUUAUGCGAUGUAUUUGGACCAGAGGCUUGAGAUGAUACUAUUUGAGCAAAAAAGAGGCGGCGGUGGGAGUAGUAAUGGAGCAAUUGUGGUGUAUGAAGGAGGAAGAGAUCAUUUCAGAUCUCCACCGCCGAGGUCCCAUGAAUACGAUUAUGGUGAUUCUAGGGGCGAAAGUGGACGCGGAGGUUAUGGAAUGACUGGAAGAAGUAGGUCCUAUGGGGACAUGAGUGAGGCCGUUGGUCGGGAAGGUAGAGAGGAGAAGAGGGAAGUUACUCCGUUGAGGGAAAUGCAGCCGGAGAGGAUUUUUGGCAAGAUGGGACAUCUGCAGCGGCUAUUGGACCGGUUCUUGUCGUGCCGGCCAACAGGGUUGGCCAAGAACAAUCGGAUGAUAUUGAUUGCUCUUUACCCGAUUGUGAAGGAGAGCUUCAAGUUGUAUGCGGAUAUUUGUGAGGUCCUGGCAGUGUUGCUUGACAGGUUUUUUGAUAUGGAGUAUCCUGACUGUGUCAAGGCCUUUGAUGCAUAUGCGAGUGCAGCCAAGCAGAUUGAUGAGUUGAUUGGGUUUUAUAAUUGGUGCAAGGAUACUGGAGUAGCAAGAUCCUCUGAGUACCCCGAUGUUCAGGGGAUUACGAGCAAGUUGUUAGAGACUUUGGAGGAGUUUGUGAGGGAUAGAUCAAAGCAGCCGAAGAGUCCAGAGAGAAAGGAGGAGGCUCCUGUGGCACAGGAAGAGCCUGUGCCUGAUAUGAAUGAGAUAAAGGCAUUGCCUCCUCCAGAGAAUUACACUCCUCCACCCCCACCUGAGCCUGCGCCGCCAAAGCCACAACCACCCCAAGUGGCGGAGGACUUGGUAAAUUUGAGAGAUGAGGGUGUUACUGCUGAUGAUCAAGGGAAUAGGUUUGCUCUGGCUUUAUUUGCAGGGCCUCCGGCUAAUAAUGGAAAUGGAUCAUGGGAGGCAUUCCAAUCGGAUGGGCAGCCUCAGGUUACCUCAGCUUGGCAGACACCAGCUGCAGAACCUGGCAAGGCAGAUUGGGAAUUGGCGUUGGUUGAGACAGCAAGCAAUUUGGCUAAGCAAAAGGCCUCAUUGGGUGGUGGGUUUGAUCCACUGCUGUUAAAUGGCAUGUAUGAUCAAGGAAUGGUGAGGCAGCAUGUGAGUACUUCACAAUUGAGUGGAGGUAGUGCAAGUAGUGUUGCAUUGCCAGCAUCCGGGAAGAGCGCUACACCUGUUUUGGCUUUGCCUGCUCCAGAUGGAACUGUGCAGGCCGUUAAUCAGGACCCUUUUGCUGCAUCUUUGACAGUUCCACCGCCUUCAUAUGUCCAAAUGGCUGAUAUGGAAAAGAAACAGCAUUUGCUUGUGCAGGAGCAGCAAGUAUGGCAACAAUAUCAGACCAACGGGAUGCAAGGCCAAGCUACUUUGGCCAAAGUAACUGGUGCGGGGUACUAUACAACAGGUCCUAUGCCAGCAGGGAUGCCGUAUGGGAUGCCACCAGUUAAUGGGAUGGGGGCACCCCCUGCCGGGUAUUACUACACUCCUCAUCUAUAGUUGAUUUCUGUGUAUGUUUUUUCACUCCUUUUAUUUUUGUCACUUUAAAUAAUAUGAACUUGAUCGUUCAAUUUGUGCACAAAAAUGUUGGGAGAGUGGAAGACUAAGUUAAAAGUAUUACUGAUUGUGGGGAAUUUUGAUGCUGGGAGAUCUGUAUUUUAUCGUGAUGUCUCUUUGUGCCUUGUAAUAUUAGAAAUUUCUUGACACGUGCUAUGCCAAUGUUUUUCAUAAUGUAUUGUGUGAUGAACUUCCUUCAGUUUAUUGGAAAACAAUGUAGGCAGAUGGAAA